AUGGCGGCCGAGUGUCUCCGAGUUGCUUAGCGCGACGUGUGAGCCAAAGAUCCAGUCGCUACCCGCGUCUGCCUAUGUCUCUAUGUCUGUCUGUAUUUGUGUAGCCUCCAUGAAGACAAGGGGCGGGGGGGAAGUUUAGCUGCCUGUGGAUCCACGCAUUACGUGUGCAGGUUUAAGUGUGUGUUACUCGUGGGCGGUCGCUUUAUGGAUCUGUGUAUGCGUGUGUGGCCGUCUGCUGGUGUGUGUAUUUGUGAUGCUACGAUGCUUAGGUUUGCAUGACCCUUUAUCAGGCACGCUACAUGACUUCAUCUGAGAACUUCGAAAUACCACGCGAACUGCCGCCCUUUGAGAGGGUUUGGGUUUGGGGUUCAGGGUUUUCAUUCUCAGGCACCCCUUCCCACGUGGAGAUGGCAGCGGUCCCGCCGCACACUCCGACCGCCCCGCCGCUCGACGAGGAAGCGCCUGACGGCGCUGCUCCCUUGGUGAUCACCGACCAGGGAUUCACCUACUUAGUGACGCCUCUCUUCACGGCCGAUGUGUCCUCUCGUCACGUUCGCGCUUCUCUGCCGAGGAAUCCGAUCAGAAGGGUAAGACGAAAAUAUAUAUGGCGCACCCACUCUCACCUUCUGUUGUGCUCUUUCCGUGGUUUGCUGCCUUCAGUUCGACAGCAUUGACUUCUACGUGCUCAUCUUGACCCAUCAGCUGUGGUACUUCCUCCCGGUGCUGUUUGCAGUGGUCCGCCCGUCUGCUGUAGGGUGUGUGGCUGUGGCUGUCGUGGCAUUGGGUCUUUUGGCGGCGUGCUGGCGGCCCUACUCCAGGAGGAUGGCCGUCGUGGCGGCGUCAUGCGGUGCCCAGUUCCCCCACAGCAAGGCUGCGUACCACGUGGCUGGGCACACGCUCUUCUUGAUUGGGACAAGUGCUGGGCUCUUCUUCGCCUCCUGCAUUGAUGCCCCUCUUGCCGGCGCAUACCUCUUUCUUGGGGGCUAUGGCAUGCUGCUGCUCGCGCUGGCUGCCAGGUGUCUGGAGAGCUAUGCGGCCUCCGGCGAGCAGAAACACGAGCUUGACAAGGCGAACGGAAUCGUGGGCCUCGAGGCCAUAUGUUGUGCCGCUGUGCCGCUGUUGUGUAUCUCGGUAUUGGUCGGUCAUGUGCGGAUCUGGUGGAUCUGGGUGGGAUGGUUGGCUGCUAUUUUUGUGCUGUGGGAAUGUUGGUUGCAAUUUUUUUUUGCUCUGGUGGUCUGCCUGAUGACACGGUUUCUCAGUGACUGACUGCACGGGCACGGGAGCGCGCAAUCAGCGCGCUGCAGUGGGAGGGACGGUGCGUCCAUGUUGUGUGGGUUUUGUUAAGAGACGGGCCAUGAGACAGAUGGGUGGUUGUGUCAGGUCAGGUGUGUAGUUCCCCACCUUUCUCAUCGCCGUGACUUUCAAGUGCUGUGAGGAGCGGCUUGCAUACAUCUUGGUACAGUAGCUUGUACGCGUACAUGGACGGUGUACUGUGUGUACGAGGAUUCUAUGGUUCAUCCGUAAUAGUGAGAGAUGAUAGAAUUCAGUGCAAAGGUGUGUGGCUCCAUUCCUCGAUGUUUUGGCUGCUCGUUGCCGCUUUCUUCGUUUCUGCGAGUUAUGCACUUCUGAAUGACCUGACUGGCCGAUCUGCACGGCCGGAAGAGACAGCCGUGCAACAACAAACCAACACUUGUCCAACCCCACCUCACCCGUUUUGGUUGACUGACUUCAUCAUGUGCUGCUUGCUGCUUGCCUCUUGCCUCGUGGAUGUGCCGUUAAUGGGUGUGUGUGUGUUUGUGAUGCGGCGGAUGGGUAAAUGGAUGGAUGGAUGGAUGUUUGCCGGACGGACAGUGUGGAUGCGCCUAGCUCUCGAACUCGUGACUCACUCUGUUUGUCCGCCUGCCUAGCUGCCUGCGAUCGAUCGAUCACCACGGCUGCAUUAGACAUUGUGGACGUAGACGUCAAUGAAUGAAUGAAACGUUUGAAUCAUACAAUUCAAUUCGAU